AUGCAAUUGAAUUUAAAGAAUUACUACUUUUGGAUUGCUCCACUACUGUGCACUGUAUUGGCCAUUAUCCUUUCGGGUGUUCAGGUGUUUUCAAACCCCUCAAGAAGUCCUCAAAGAUACUUACUUGAAUUCGAUAUUUCACAGGCAAACUUCAGUGCUUUGUACCCAUUGACGCCAACUCCAGAUGAAGAAUUGACCAUAUCCAAUACAAGCUUCACGGACAAUGUUUUCCGUUUUGGUCUUUGGGGUUACUGUUCCGGUUCUCGUACCGUCAACAGUGCCGGCUUGGUGAACACAGGCUCCUACAGAGCCAAUGGUUGCACAUCUUCCCAUUCCCAUUACAAGAUUGAUAUUCCUGCCUUGCUGUCGAACAACUUUGAUACUCCAUCAGGUUAUAGCCUAAAUGAGGACUGGCCACGUGUCAGUAAGUUGAACAGAAAGGCAAAUACCAUUUAUAACAGUGCCCUUGGUGGAUUUGUCCUCGCAUGUCUGACGACUGCUCUGUUGCUUAUUGGUUUACCAGUUGGUUUCUUCUUCCCAUUCGCCCUUUAUGUUGUCUACAUUGUUGGUAUGGUUUUCACAUUUAUCCAAUGGAUCUGUAUGGUUGUCGCCAGUGGUACCGCUCAGAAGCUGUUGGACGAUUUGUCCAAUACAUACACCAGUGAAACAUACAGAACCGUCGCUGAUAAGGGUCAUACCUGGUUAGGAAUCUCUUGGACGGCAUUUGUCUUCAGUGUGUUGCUAUUCGUUUCACUCUCUAUUGCUCUUGUUGGUAAGAUUAUGAUUGACAGACGUGAGGCAAAGCUACAACAACCUUAUGAUGAGACCGAAGCCAACAAGGAGGUUGCUGGUGAUGUUACUAGUGCACAACUCAGUAAUAACGCAGGCACAGAGGUUGGAGUAGACCCACAGCAAGAUUUUUAUGCCCAACAACAAGGUGAAUACGUUGUCGACCCACAGCAGCAACCAAUACAGCAGGUUCCAGUCCAACAACACCAAUGA